AUUGACAAAAAUAAAUUUAUCGUGUUUAUUUAACUAAAAAUACUGUCAAUUAUCCACUUCGUAUAUCUUAUUCUAUUGCUUUAUUCUAUUAUAUUCUGUUAACUAUUUAUAUUAUAUUUUAAGAUAUUCUUUAGUCUUAUUCUAAUUGUUUCACAAAACGAACAUUCAAGACGUACUCUAUCUGGCAUUUUCUUCUCUUGCAAGCAUUAAGACCUCUGAUAAAGAGCAUAGUCAACGAUUGGGGUACAGUGACGAACGAAGCCGAACGAGAAACAAUGGUGAACAUCGCGAUAAUCACCAGAAAGACUACAAUGAGGAGCACAUUGUUGGUUAACAUCGUGGUUCUCGCUUUUCUGCUUGCACGACUAUCGAACAUGAGAUACAGCGACAGCGCACUAUUCUUUCGUGGCUAUUUCCCCUACAACACUAGCAUAAGUCAAAAUUUCGAAUUGACGAUAAUCGGUCAAUUCGUCGCUACUGUUUAUGCAGCGAAUACCUACACAGCUAUAGAUACUUUCGUCGUCCUGUUGAUUUUUCAUGUCUGUGGACAGCUUUCGAACUUGAGAGACGAUUUACAGAAGAUUCAUUCGCAAAAAGAUGUAGAAACGAAGUUGCAGAAAAUUAUUCAGAAGCAUGAAUAUAUUAACAGGUUCGCGAUAACGAUAGAGAAUUCUUUCAACAUGAUGCUUCUGCUUCAAAUGCUGGGUUGCACUAUUCAAAUAUGCUCUCAGUCUUAUCAAGUCAUUAUGUUAAUUGAUGUUUUCGGUGAUGAGAAAUUAUUAAAAUUCGCAAUUUUUCAGAGUACGGAAAUAGCUAACACGGCGUACUAUGCCGAAUGGUACAAUUUACCUCCCAAGAGUGCAAGAUGGCUUGUAAUUAUUAUGUGCCGUGCCAGGUCUUCACCCUUACAAAUUUCAGCAGGCAAAUUUUGUUGGUUUACUCUAGCGCUAUAUUCUCAGGUAAGUGUAAACGAGUUCUAAUACGAUUUACGAACACAAAGUUUCUUAACGAUUCUGUCAUAAAUUGCGAAGUAUCUGAAAGCUACAGUGACCAAUUUAUAACGCAUUGUCAAUUGUUGACACGACAAAGAU